GACCAAGGUCCACUCCUACUCGAAUUGUCACGUUUUGCUGUUAAAGCUACAUUGUGUCUUUAAGAUUUAAAAACAUAUAUAUAAAUUACCUACAUUUCAGACACUUUUGUGUUAGUUUUCCCUGAGUUAGAUUUCACUCUAGAGAAAGAGAUAACAGGCUGUCUGUCACCUUCUCAGUGAACUUGGGUAACCCGCCUCGUUGAUCAGCGCGGUGACAGCGGUAUCAACUGUCAAUAAACUAGAAAUCCCCUGCUGCACCUUUAAGAAGUUGCAGCAAAUGGGCGCUUGGAUGAAACUACUGUAGCUGGAACACUGGGAGAGAAUAUUAUACUUCCGUGUUGGAACACUGCGACCAAUGUGACCCCCUCAUUCACGCGAUGGAUGACGAAUGGCCAGUUUACCAUUGAACGCAAUCAUUCCAUUAUAAUUCCAAUAUCCCCAAGUGAAGGGCACCUGACCAUACUGUACAAUCAAAGCUUGUACAUCAACAGAAUUAAUCUAUCAGAUGAGGGGACCUAUCUCUGUGAUUCUUUACCCCAUAACAACAAAACUCAAACAAGUCUCACAUUGCAAAUAGUCAGUGGUCCUGACAAUAGCAUCAUAGACAUCCAGCCAGCCACGCCUCUUUCCAACGGAACCCUCUUUGUUGUCAGGGGUUCCACGGUGUCAUUCAACUGCUCCAGCUUGUCCUACCCCUCCCAGAGCCUGUCCUGGGGGUUUCAGGGUGUGGAGUCCAGUAAUGACUCUCUGGCAGUGGGCAGUGGGUCAUGGCUGGACUUCAGGAUAGAGGAUGUUCAGCCCACAGCUCAGGGGAACUACAGCUGCAGAGCCCAGAACUCAAUCUCCCAGAAGACUGCUGGCUCUAGCACAGAGCUGCUUGUAUACUAUUCCCCAGAGAGGCACCCAGAGUGUCUGUGGAACACAGGGAAGGAUCUGUCCCGUGUCCAAUUCAGCUGUAGCUGGUUUGGAGGCUACCCCUCUCCCACGUUAUUCUGGGGGGAGAAGCAUCAGAAGUCAGGGAGCCAUGGGAAGCAGGUGGCUGGACAACUGAUGGAGUCGGAGGAGACAGAUAAUCUGGUGGUGAAUCUGAACAGGUCGUUGUUGUUCGAUGGGCAGAUGCUGAAGUGUAGUGGGCAUCACCCUACGAUAAGUCCAGGAGAGGAUAAGUUCUGCUCCUUCACCCUGAAGUCCCCCUAUCCUGAAGGGGAACCACUAGUCACAGCGGUAGAAGGAACCAACGUGACAUUAACGUGUACAGAGUCCAACUCCCUGCCUCCAGCCCACACCAGCUGGCAGAGGACAGCCCAGCAGGAGGACGUAGUCUCCAGCCCUAAGUACGUCCUGUCAGAGCAGGGCCCCACCUUCACCCUCACUAUAGUCAACAUCACCAAGCAGGACGAGGGCUUCUACUUCUGCAGGAGCGAGAACCCACUGAUGGUCCGCGAGUUGGAGAUCUAUUUAACAGUUAAAGCCACCUCUCAAUACACUGGAGCAAUCAUAGGGAUAUUCCUAGCUAUUUUGAUAGUAGGAUCUGGCAUUGUUAUUGCUAAGACAAUAUACUCCAACCGUGACCGAAUAUGCCUGGGUAAUGGAUUUGAGCAAAUGGGGGAGAGAGGAGAUGUGUUGAGCCUGGUAGAGGCAGAUGAAGAGGAGGUGUUUCAUGAAGCUAUACCCAGACUGCCACCUCUGCCUCUGACCAACGGACACAAUACUACACUUGUAGAGAUACACACAAUACCAUCCAUUGACCACGAAGAUGCAGAAAUUCUUGAGCAUCCAUUACAGCUAGAAGAUAGAGAUAUCGAUGAGCUUGUCACGUUUUAGGUGUUGUAAGACUUUAAGAAAACUAUUGUGUUGUGUGUGUAAUGAUUGGUGGUUGGUUUGUACAGUAUGUAGAUACAGUAUAUAGGUUUGCUUUUUACCACCCAUUUGACCUUUGUUUUGUUUUAGCUUCAGGCUUAUUAGGUGAUACUUAACAUGGUUAUUUCAAUUAAUUGUUGCCAUUUGCCUCAUUUAAAUUACAUAUUUGACAAUAAUGUAACAUUUUGUAUUUCUCAAAAACAAAAUUAAACCGGUUUUAAAAAAUAAAAUAAAAAAAGGCAGGGAUGUAGUUCUCUCUCUUGUUUUUAUAUACAAGUUGGAAUGCGUAGGCUUAUCAGGGCCUAGUUUUAAAAAAUGGAUUUCGAUAGGAUUAAAUCCAUAGAAAUAGAACGGAAGAAUCGGUAGGCAGGUUCCGUUGACCCAGGUUUGUUAGAUAAGCAAUGUUUAAAAAAAAUAAUAAUAAUAAUCAUUGCAACAUGUUUAAUGGAAAGGCAGUUAUAGAAGAAAUGUUCUAGAUUGAUAACUUUUGUAUUCGUUCGAUGGGAGUAUUUGUUUUAAUCAAACUUUAACACGACAAAUGAUGGAAGCUGUAUUUUUUUUUCGAAUAAAUGAUGAUUGACGAUU